AUGUCGCGGACGUCCUCACCACUGCCUAAUGGAUGGAUGGCACCUGGCAGUGCACAUGGCGCCGGUGCAACAACCCCCAAUGGCUUGUACGCAGGCACAAACCUCUACAGCAACAACGACGACCAGUGGGCCGCAGCCAAAGCCCGAAGUGCCCAAGUCCGAGGCUAUCCCAGUAUCCAGACCAAGAAUGAAGGUUUCUUCCAGCGCUCCAAGCGGAAGAUCUCGUCCACCCUGCCCGUUUUCAGUCCUUACACCCCCCUAUCGGCGACUUGGAAAGAUCCGGAGAAGUUGGGUCGAAGCAGGUGGUAUCCAAGAGGUGGAGGCACUUUGUCCAGGAUCAAAACGUUUGUUGGCAAUGUCUUGCGGAAGUUCAAGUUCUUGUUCAUAAUACUGUCCAUUGUGACUUUGACAACCGUGAUAAUGUCAACGACGAGUGUUUUGGGUAGUAUCCGGGGCAACUCCCAUCUCGGCGGCGGAAGCAAGUUUGUCAUUGUUCUGGGUGCCAACGAAGGAGGUGGCGUCAUGGAGUGGAAGGGACCCCGAGAAUGGGCCAUCGAACGCGACAGUAUCAAGAACAAGAAGAAAUACGUCGAGCGAUGGGGCUAUCAACUCGAAAUCACCGAUAUGAGCACCAAGAAAAGAUACGCCCAUGAAUGGAGAGAAAGUUGGGAGAAAGUCGACCUGAUGCGCAGCGCUAUGGCUAGGUACCCUAAUGCUGAAUGGUUCUGGUGGCUUGACUUGAACACCUUCAUCAUGGAACCGUCGGUGUCCCUCCAAUCGCAUAUCUUCAACCAUCUCGACAAAACCGUCUACCGCGACAUCAACGUGUACAAUCCGCUUAAUAUCAGCCAUCCUCCGACAUCAAAGUUUCUCGAUCCAGUGGCCCGCUCGCCGACGGGCGAUAACCGAACCUCUUCCAUCGACAUUAUCAUCCCGCAGGAUUGCGGUGGUUUCAACCUAGGAUCUUUCUUCUUACGUCGCUCACCUUUCACCGACCGCCUGCUCGACAUGUGGUGGGACCCGGUCCUGUAUGAACAGAAACACAUGGAGUGGGAGCACAAGGAACAAGAUGCUCUGGAGCAUUUGUACGCCUCUCAGCCGUACAUGAGAACACAUUUUGCCUUUAUUGAACAGCGCAAAAUCAAUUCCUUCCCUCCUGGGGCAUGUGCUGUGGAACCCAAAGAAGGGCAGCAGGUCGAAGAAGGAAAGCCCCUGCUUGACCCACGCUUCCAUUACCGUGAAGAAGAUCGCGAUUUUGUCGUCAACAUGGCCGGCUGUGAGUGGGGUCGAGACUGUUGGGCCGAGAUGUACAUGUAUCGGGAGCUCAGCAAUAAAUUGAAUCGAUCCGCCUGGGAGAAGUUCAAGGACUCUCUCGGUAGCGCCUGGUCAAGAGUCAAAGGGUCGUUUCCCAGAGGGCCCAAGCAAGAAUCUGCGGGAUGA